GCAGCUGCAGACUCGUAUCUGCUGAGUGUCCACUCGUAGCUGCAGGCUGCAUCUAUGCUAUGAAGUUGUACAUGACAGGAGCGAGACCAGCUGCAUCAAACUGUGCAUCUACGAAGCCUUGAGCUGAAGCAAACCACUAAGCUCUUAGUCUUGUGAAGUAUCAAUGUAUCUGGAGUCUGGACCGUAUGCAUGAUCCAAGGAUAACCUAUGUACGCUUACGGUCAAUUGCCUGAGUGAUGCGGCAAGGCCGCACCCAGUGGGCCCACUUGCGUCCAAUCUCGGAAGCUUGUCGCUGUCUCGCUCGAGUGUACUGAGGUGAUGCUGCAUAGGCCGACAUGGCUGAGGCUGGAGCUGGACCAUAGCACUUGGAGUACGAGCAUCUGCAGGAGGAUAAAGGGCAGUCCUGAACAUCGACACGCUUGCAGACCUUGGACCAUCCAUUCAACAACCACUACUCUUCAGCACCAUGAUCGGAGGACUCCAGGAUCUCUUCACCAAGUCAUUCUAUCGCCGUCCCAACUUGCAGACCUACAAUAAGGACAGUGAUGGCAGGACGACCAAGAGCUCCUCCAGCGACACUACGUCCAACCACUCUCGACCAGGCAUCCCCUCAGAGCUCGAGCUAGACAGAGUCUUGUCUGGCAAGUCAUGUCCUCCUGUCCACAUCAAGGAUCUAGCCGGAUACAUGGCGCACGUCGACUUCACCGUGGAAAACCUGCAAUUCUGGCUCUUCUAUCAAGACUACUGCAAGCGCUUUGAUGACCUACCCGAGCAUGUAAAGGCAUUGUCUCCUGCUAUUCUGCGUCAAUCAUCCGCGGACUUCAACACGCCUUCGUAUGGCGUCCAUCCAGACCACGAGAAGCUUCCUGCAUGGGAGCGUGGUGCCAUUCCAAACAGCUCUGGCAAUGCAACACGACCCGAUACGCCACGUACGCCCAUCACGCCGGCACCAGUGUACAGCGCUCGCACGCCAACAAUGCCAUACGAAGAAAAGGCAGCAAUUCACGAGGGACGCAACCUUUCGAUGGACUCGACUGAGACGGCAACCGAAGCAGCCAGACAGCCAAUGCGUGCAGAAAUCGAGACUUGCAUCCAGACAUACCUGCUUCGUGGUUCUCCUCAAGAGCUGAACUUGCCGUACAAGCUCCAACGUCAGACAGUCUACACGCUGCAACAGACGACGCACCCAUCUGCCUUGCGCGAAGCAGCAGACCACUGCUAUGGUCUUUUGUCCAGCUGCGCUUACCCAAACUUCAUCCGAUACAGCGUAUGCAAUGCCAACAGCGCUCGUACUGCUUUCGCUCGAGUAGUCGGUGCCGUGUCCAUCCUUGCAGCAAUUGCGCUUGCCGUGGGAUUGAUCCUUGGCGACGUCAGGCGAAAGUGGCGUGCCCUUGCAGCUUUCCCACUCAUGUUCCUCGGUGUCACGACUGCUGUUGCCGCAUACAAUGGAUCUUGCAUCAUUCUGCAAGGUACGCAGCGCGUGCAGUACCGUCCCUGGGAUCUCUUUGCAGAUAGCGAGGAAGCAGACUUGUUUGGCAAGUUUGAGCAGUACUGGGAAGCCAAGUACAAGUCACGCAACUUGAUUCGCAAGAUCUUUGAUCGUCAACGAUGGGUGGAGGAUCCUUCCUUCCGGCGUUUGCUGGAUCGAUUGCUGUGGCAAGCUGUGCUCGCUGGUGCCCUUGGGGGUGUUGUCUUUUUCCUUAUUAUCUACUGGAUCCCUGGACUUGAUUGAGUCUUUGGUCACUCAUGUUGAUCCUUGACGCCUGCAGGCAUGCAUGGCUAUUCACUUCUUUCUUUUAACCUUGUAGAGACCAAUUUAUCAUCAUCAAUCCGUCAAUGGAGACACCUCCGAUUCUAUGCUUAGGAUGGUCGCCAAAGCGUUCACUUUACUCAUAGUAUUACGCUAAACACUUCAACAAACUGUUAAUUUGGC